AUGGCGACCAAAGUGCAGCGGAUUAUGACCCAGCCCAUUAACUUGAUAUUCCGAUUCCUACAAAGUAAAUCGCGGAUUCAGAUCUGGCUGUAUCAGCAGAAGGACACGCGGAUCGAGGGCAGAAUCAUUGGUUUUGACGAGUACAUGAAUCUGGUGCUGGAGGACGCAGAGGAGGUUUCCAUGAAGAAGCAGACCAGGAAACCACUCGGUCGCAUCUUGCUGAGAGGAGACAACAUCACGCUCAUGAUGAACACGGGGAAAUAA